UUUCUUUAUUUGUAUUUCAUUUUUAGAACGUUUAUAAUGUAAACGUCUACAUUUUAUAAUUUUUUUCUUAUGAAACAGAGGUAGUAGAAUUUUAAAGUAAGGACAGAAAGAGCGACCUCCUCUGGGUGAAACAGACACUUCUGCAGAUUUCACUUAGUACGUUACAUUGUUGCUACUGGAAACGGACUCCACACAAACUGAGAAAACACCGGAAAUCCCUCUGAACCUCUGUUAUAGUUCAUUCUCUGAACAGAAAGAAGUCCAAAGAAGAAAUAAGUGUGGGAUAUUCAGGCUUUGGAUUUAAAAUGAGCUCUCCUUUGUCGAUGCUAAAGAAAACCAAACGCACUCCUCUGCAGGGCGCUCACAAAGAGCAAGGGAGCAAAUCAAAAGUUCCUUUAAGGAGGAAUCUGCUGAAAGAAUUUGAGGCUGAAUUGGCCGAUGAGUCUUCUGAUUACUCUCACACUCCACCCAACGAAGCCUCCACCUCAAAUACGGGAGCUCCAUUAAAGAAAGGGUGUCCUCCGACCAACUUUGACCUCAUGUCUGCCAUGGUGCAGCGAGUGACCCUCCUGGAGAAAACAGUGAGGAGCCAGGCAAAGGAGAUAGAGCGCAAAGAUAAACAGAUUUCAGAUUUAGAGGAGAAGCUGAGGGCUCAGGAGAAGUCAGGAAGCAUGCAUGACCCGAGGAGCAGAGAUGAUCUCGAAAGCCGGUGCCAACAACUGCAAAAUCAAGUGCAUGAGAUGGAGGACUUUCUGAACGAUUAUGGUUUGAUCUGGGUGGGAGAUACAGACACUGGUGAUCCUGCAGAGCGAGAGACUUCUGGUAGCAGAGGCUUCCACAUAAACUUUGAUCUCGUGCUGCAGAGGAUCAGAGAACUGAACGUCCUCGCAGGGGAAGGAGAGUCUUUUGUGCAAAUGACAGCGACAGGAGCACAGCUGGCUAAAAAGGAUCCCAUUCCACUGAGGCUCUACAGGAAUGGCAUUGUAAUGUUUGAUGGUCCUUUCCGCUCAUAUCAGGAGCACAGCACCCAGCAGUGCAUGCAAGAUCUAAUGGAUGGCUAUUUUCCAUCUGAGCUUCAAGAAAGAUUUCCAGAUGGUGUACCUUUUGAGCUUCAUGACAGGCGUUACGAGGAAUUCAACUCUAGGCUCCCAUGGGAAACGUUUCCUGGUGAAGGACAGCCUGUUUGUGGGGACAAAGAUGAAUCAGCAAGCGCGCUGAGCUCUCACUUACCCGGCAAGAAGAUGACCACGGAUCAGUUCCUGAACAAGCUGCCGAAGUUGGUGGUGAAGGCCGGCCGAGUGAUUGAUAUCAGGAACUCGCUGAGGGCAAAGCUGCAGGAAUGGACUACAAAGCUGCAGACCAAGAAAAACUCCACUUCUGCAGAACAGAUAACUUCACGACAACCUGGAGAAAGAUUUUGGAUACUAGUAGCGCAUGCUUUGAUCAGAUGAGACAAAACUAGAGCUCUUUGGCCAAAGAGAUGCUUUUUAUGUUUGGAGAAAGAAGUGAGAGACAUAUAAAGCAAAGAACAACAUCCCCACAAUGAAACACGGUGGUGGCAGUAUUAUGUUGUGUCUGGAACUGGGAAUCUCUUCAAGGUGGAAGGAAUCACGAUAAAAGGAUAUGUGAAGAUUUGGGAAUAAAAUCUCAAGCAGUCACCAAUAAACCUGUGUCUGGGUUGUUGCUUUGUCUUUAAGCAUGACAGUGCCCCAAAACGUAGUCACCCCUGGUGAAGACCAGCCUCCAGAAGGCCAAAAUGAACAUUAAUGACAGGCCUGCACAAAUCCCUGAUUUCAGUUCCACUGUUUCUCUGUUUAGCAACACUUGGGAAAAUCUUUAUAGAGGGCCUAAUGGUUAAGUCCUCCUCU